AUGCACCUUGCCCCCCGGGCCAGUUGCACUUUCACCGAUGCUGCCACGGCAAUCAAGGGGAAGACGUCAUGCAGUACGAUUACAUUGAAUGGUAUUACCGUUCCUGCCGGUGAGACCCUGGAUCUGACUGGCCUCAAAGACAAUACCCAGGUCAUUUUUACCGGAAAGACUACCUUUGGCUAUAAGGAAUGGGCCGGCCCUCUAAUAUCUAUUUCAGGGAAUGGUAUUCAGAUACAGGGCGCCUCAGGACACACUAUUGACUGUGCUGGUCAACGAUGGUGGGAUGGCAAAGGUUCAAACGGCGGAAAGACAAAGCCCAAGUUUUUCAGUGCUCAUAGCCUUCAAAACUCCAAUAUCAAGUCACUUAAUGUCUUGAACACACCAGUUCAAGCAUUCAGUAUCAACUCGGUGACCAAUCUCGGGUUGUACAAUGUCACCUUGGACAACUCUCUCGGCGACACCAAAGGUGGACACAAUACGGAUGCUUUCGACGUUGGCUCGUCUACUGGAGUGUACAUCUCUGGAGCUAUAGUAAAGAACCAGGACGACUGCUUGGCCAUCAACUCUGGGACCAACAUAACAUUUACUGGGGGCAACUGCUCUGGUGGCCAUGGUCUGUCCAUUGGGUCGGUCGGUGGCCGAAGCGACAAUACGGUUAAAACCGUGCGCAUCUUGAACUCGAAGGUGUCCAACUCGCAAAACGGCGUUCGCAUAAAGACAGUGUCUGGAGCGACUGGUUCUGUUUCUGAUAUCAUUUACGAUAACAUCUCAUUGUCAAACAUUGCGACCUAUGGUAUUGUCAUUGAGCAGGAUUACAAGAAUGGUGGGCCGACUGGCACGCCUACUGCUGGCGUUCCAAUUACUGGCCUUACUGUCAACAAGGUUACUGGCACUGUUCAGUCGGGUGGCACAAAUACGUACAUUCUAUGCGCGGCUUGUUCUAAGUGGACUUGGACUAAUAAUGCCGUCAAGGGAGGGACCAAGACCAAAAAGAACAAGGGCGUUCUCUCCAAUGUCUCUAUUUAG